UGUAGGGAUAGGUUUUAUCUGCCGCCUGCGCGUUGGUGAAUCGAAGGAAGGACAUAGGCGCGAGGAUGUGAGAAUCCAAAAGAGCAACUGGACUGACCAUCUUAUUGCCACUUCAGAUAGCCCCCUCUCUCUUUUUUUCUCCAGGUGUGACAAAAUGCUAGACCCCGGGAGCAACAGAGAGUGGGCAACCAGGAGGACUCUGUGACACAGUGAUAACAUUAGUGGAUAACAGAAAAGCAACAGAGAAUAUACAGGAUGGACCUUUCCAACUGCACCGAAGGGGUCUUCACACCGGGGGAGUCAGAUGGGGAGGGUGUCGAGGACACUAACCUACACCCCAGCAAGAUCCUUCUCACCCUCACCCUAUCGGUUGUGGCUGUCUUGACGACAGCCAUCAACUGUCUAGUGAUCACAGCCAUCAUUGUAACCAGGAAGCUACACCACCCUGCCAACUACCUAAUCUGCUCCCUGGCUGUGACUGACCUGCUGGUGGCCGUCCUGGUCAUGCCAUUCAGCAUCGUCUACCUUCAGAUGGAGAGCUGGGUGAUGGGCCAGCUGGUGUGCAACCUCUGGCUGAGCGUGGACAUCACCUGCUGCACCUGCUCCAUUCUCCACCUGGCUGCCAUCGCCCUCGACCGCUACCGAGCCAUCACCGACGCCGUGGAGUACGCCCGCAAGCGCACGGGCCUCCGAGCCGGGCUGACGGUGGCCGUGGUGUGGUUCCUGUCCGUCCUGAUCUCCCUCCCCGCUCUCCUGUGGAGGCACCACAUGGAGGACAAGGACAAGGACCAGUGUCUGAUCACUCACCACCACAUUGCCUUCACCCUCUACUCCACCUUUGGAGCCUUCUACAUCCCCUUGCUGCUCAUCCUGAUCCUCUACUAUAAGAUCUACCGCGCCGCUCAGACGCUGUACCUGCGGAGGGAGGCCAGCCGCGCCAGCCGCCACUCCUGCCUGACCAACGGGAGCAUGAUCCCCUCCGGCCCCCCCGACGAGGAGCCCCAGAGCCCUGACACCCUCGGCCUCGCCGAUAAAUCCUUUUCCGACCCGUCCGCGGAGGGCGACCGCACGCGCAUCACCAUAAAGAGUCCCCGGAGCGAGUUGCGCCGGGAGCGCUCGCUCAGGCCGCAGCGGAUCUCUGGCUCGCGGGAGCGGAGGGCGGCGUCCACGCUCGGGUUGAUCAUCGGGGCGUUUGUCAUCUGCUGGCUGCCGUUCUUUCUCAAGGAGGUCAUUGUCAACACGUGUGACAGCUGCGGCAUGUCUGUGGAGAUAGCAGACUUCCUAACCUGGCUGGGCUAUCUCAACUCUCUUAUUAACCCACUCAUCUACACCAUCUUUAACGAGGACUUCAAAAAGGCCUUUCAGAGACUGGUCAGGUGCAAGCAUUGCCUCUGACAGGGACAGGGAUUAUAACUCAUCCACAUACUGUGCAUGCAUACAUAAACACACACAGGCACAGGUUUGAACUAAGGGCAGAGCAAAUCAACUGAAUGUAAUGAA